GAUAAACUUAUUAAAUAGAUAAUUAAAAUGUCUGCCAGCAAUGGGAUUGCAGCCUCGGUUACAGGCAUUGACCCUCGGAGACCUAACAAGGUAGUGCGAUACAGACCCCCUCCCGUGGCAGAGAACAGUUCAGCCCCAGCUGAUGACCCAAUUGCAGACUACAUGAAUUUACUGGGCAUGGUGUUCAGCAUGUGUGGCCUGAUGAUGAAACUCAAAUGGUGUGCUUGGGUCGCUGUCUAUUGUGCUUUCAUAUCUUUCGCUAACUCCAGGGCAACAGAGGAUUCCAAACAGAUGCUGUCCAGCUUCAUGUUAUCAAUAUCAGCAGUAGUCAUGUCGUACCUGCAGAACCCGCAGCCCAUGACACCGCCCUGGCAGUGAUCACACCUCAUUAAGUCGUGUCCGAUUCAAUACUAUGGACAGUUUCUAAAUUGUGUCAUGAUUUCUGAAGCAUCUCAGUCGAUAUCAUGAUUCUUAUGCAUUGUAUUUUGUUUUAUUGAAAUUUUAUCCUUGCAAAAUUAGUAUCUAUAAUAUAUAUUCACAUCGUUAUGGGUUAAAUUAUGAAUCCGCUCUCCGCAUAAUGAAAUAAAGUUGCAAUUAUG